CAGAAUAUCAAGAAUAUAUUCAAUUCUUUUAAAAGCUUCGAGAAAGCUCUUAAGAAAACCUUUGAUAAUUUCAAUAAAGAAUGCAUUACAGCUCAGCAGCUUAUGAAUCUCAAGCAAACCAAGUUAGCUUCUAUUUAUAUAAUUAGAUUUAAGCAAUUCUUAGCAAGACUUCUAUAG